UGUUAAACGAAGAAGCGAAUUUGUUAUUAAGCAAAAUUAUUAUUUAAAGCAUAAAUACUAUUUGUUUAGAUAUUUUUUAUUUAAUUAUUGUUACUUGAUUAAAAUAAAUAUAACAAUUAUUAAAUUAUAAUAAUUCUUCAAUUUAUAUUUGAAGUAUGAUUAAUACAGGAAAACUUGCUGGUCGAACAAUUUUCAUUACUGGAGCUUCAAGAGGAAUUGGGAAAUCCAUUGCUUUGAAAGCUGCAAAAGAUGGAGCAAAUAUUGUCAUUGCAGCUAAAACUACUGAACCACAUCCAAAAUUAUCAGGCACUAUAUAUACUGCUGCUAAAGAAAUUGAAGAAAUGGGUGGAAAAGCAUUACCUUGUAUAGUAGAUGUAAGAUUUGAAACAAAUGUAAUUUCUGCAGUGGAAAAUGCUGUUAACAAAUUUGGUGGUAUUGAUAUUGUUAUUAAUAAUGCAAGUGCAAUUCAUUUGAUAGAUACAUUAUCUACAGAAAUGAAAAAAUAUGAUCUUGUGAAUAAUAUCAAUACUAGAGGAACAUUUCUAGUAUCUAAAGCAUGUCUACCUUAUUUAAAAAAAAGCUCAAAUCCUCAUAUAGUAAAUAUUAGCCCACCAUUAGAUAUGAAACCAAUAUGGUUUAAAAAUCAUAUUGCAUAUACAAUAUCUAAAUAUGGAAUGUCAAUGUGUGCUCUUGGAAUGGCUGAGGAAUUUAAAAAUGAUGGUAUUGCUGUAAAUACUGUUUGGCCAAAAACUGCUAUUGCUACUGCUGCAUUUGAAAUGUUAUCUGAAAACUCAAAUGAUUAUGCUCGUAAACCAGAAAUAAUGGCAGAUGCUGUGUAUGCUUUAAUUUGUAAAGAUAGUAAAUUUAUUACUGGAAAAUUUUUAAUUGAUGAGGAAAUAUUAAGAAAUGAAGGAAUUACAGAUUUCACAGAUUAUGCAUAUAAUCCAGAAAAUAAAGAUAAUUUAAUAUUGGAUUUAUUUAUAGAAAGUUCAGAUAAAAUAGAUGUAUUGAAUAAAAUUUUUCAAAAAGAUAUAUAUGAUGUAAAUAAUAAAUCAAAUAAAAAAAUUGCACAAAUAUUUACUGUUAUUCAAGCUAACUUGAAUCAUGAACUUGUUAAUAAAAUUGGAGCCAUAUUUCAAUUUAAUGUUAAAGGUAAUGAAGCAGGUACAUGGUUUUUGGAUUUAAAAACUGGAGAUGGUGUAGCAGGUAAAGGAAAACCUAAUCAAUCACCAGAUGUUACUUUGACAAUGGAUUCUGAAAACUUUUUUGCUAUGUUUUCUGGAAAAUUAAAACCUGCAUCAGCAUUUGUAAUGGGAAAACUGAAAAUUAGUGGAAAUCUUCAAAAAGCAAUGAAAUUAGAAAAAUUAAUGCAACAUUUAAAAUCUAAACUUUAAAAAUUAAAUGUUUUCUCUUUUUAAGAAGUAUAUCUUAAAUUAAGAUGAAAAUAUUCUUUUUAUAUUAAACAUAUUGUUAC